GGGGGGCGUCAGGAGAGGAGAGGACGUCCCCGCCGGUGGAGAUGGACCAGGGGAGCAUCGGGUUGAAGCUUCUUUCUGAAGAGAGCUUAUUUUUUUAAAUGAAUCAAUACAAGCAAACAAGAUCUUUUCCGGGGAUUGGUAUGGCAAAUACCUUACGAUUUGCCUGGACUGAAAAGGAGAUGGAGCCGUGGAGUAGAGAGACAUUUGGAAGGACCAUUUUGAUGGGAUGCCUCAGGAUAGAGGUGAAGGAAGUGCUCUGCCUUCAAGGGAACCCGAAUGAGAAGGCUUUCGAUGUGACGUUUCACAAAGAAGAAAAACAUGACAAAGUAAUGAAGAUGGCAAAGGAAGCGGAGAAAACGGGACUCCUGUGCCAUUAUGCGGUGACCAGCCUGGCGAAGAACAACUUCAGAGUGGUCACCGUAACCAUGUACAAUCCGCAUGUGAAAGAUGAAGAGGUGAGGGCCUUUCUGGGGAGGUACAUGGACAAUGUCUCCUCAGCGAGGUACCUCAGGGACUCCCUGGGUUUCUGGAACGGAAAGAGAGGUUUCCAGGCGUUACUCAGGGAGUCCCCGAAGAGUGUGGAUGGCUACCUCCAUCCUCCGGCGAUGUUCUCCCUGGGGGCUGACAGGGGAACACUAUACUAUGCACGUCAGCCCCCGUUCUGCAGGCGUUGUAUGGCCUAUGGCCAUAUCCUGGCCUCGUGCAGCGCCAAGAGGUGUCGAUUUUGUGGGUCGGAAGAGCACGAGGCCAAGGAAUGUGACGAGCCCAAGGCUUGCCACGGGUGUGGCUCAAGAGCACACCUGUGGCGUGAUUGCCCGGCUCGUCACAGGUCAUACGCGUCUGCAGCCGGGGGGGGAGCGGGGGAUGGGGGGAGGAAAGAGAGGACGCAUGCGGAUUGUACGGAUGGCACAGGGGAAAGGACGGAGAAGGAUGAAGAAGGGAAGAAGGAAGAGGCGAGAAGAAAGAGGGGAGAAGAUGGAAAGAAGGAAAAAGAAGGAGAGAUUAAAAAGAAGGUGGAAGAACGUGGAGGAGCAGAGAAGAGGGAGAAGGGGACAGUGGUACGAGAAGGAGUGGAAGAGGGAACGGGGACAGUGACGGAGAAGGAGGGAGGAGUGGAGGUGGGAGGGGAGGGGGAGAUGGGGGAAGGAUUGGGGGACAGCCUGCCAGGUUUCCUCGAGGUCGAAAUGAGGGAUUUGGUGGAGGAUUUAGCGGGGAUGGGACGUUGUGUCUCCCUGCUACCUCCUUCACCAAAGAAGAAAGGGAUGAAGAGGGGGAGCUUGGCAAGAAGCGAGAGGGAGGGGGUGGAUGACUCCAGUGAGGGGUCGGUGGGCUGUUUGCUAGAGGGAUCCCAACUCCUGUUUGAGGAGAUGGGGUCCUCUACAUGCACCCCUGAGGCAAACAGGGAGGGGGGGGUGGUGGGUGGGGAGGGAGGACCCAACACACUGCCUGGGUCAUGGGUUGGGAUGGAGGACGGGGGGGCGUCAGGAGUGGAGAGGACGUCCCCGCCGGUGGAGAUGGACCAGGGGAGCAUCGGGAGGUUCACCUGA